AUGACUAGGAUCCACUGGCUUACCCCAACGCUCAUGGUUGGAGCGCUGCUAUCCGGCAUAGCAUUCGCGAUAAGACAUCACCUUUUCUACAACAGCUUGGAUCAAAAGGGGGCACCCGACCCAACCGAUGACUUUACUAUCGCAGGUUCGAAGGUUGCGAAACAACAAUUCAACACCGCUGUAGGCACAGCGUUCGCAUUUCUUGUGCGUGCGUGUCUGUUCUCUGCGGUGUCCUCGGCUUACCUCCAAGCGGCAAUAUGGCACUUUAAUGCUGGGACCAAGUCGCCUAUCAAAGUAUCAGAAGUGGACGUCGUGAUGUCUGCACUCGUACAUAUUGUAAAGCUGGGCUCAGGAGUGUGGUCUCGUCGGCCUCUUCUCGGCUACACAAGUUUCAACUUGGCAUCCGAAUUGACCUACGUUGCGAGUGCCGCCACAGGCAAAGACUUUCUGUUCAACUACAAUGGCCCGAGAAAUGCGGUCAACAGGAUCGUUGUCGCUACUGCCUCGCAAGGUGCAACCAUACAGAUGCCUGCCCCUGCUCCAAACUCAACUUGGGAGAUUGAAAUGCAAAAUCCGAUCCUGAAGUGUGAACUUCUUCAGGGCGACGUGAAACGAGCUGUCGAAGACAAUAUCAUCAACUAUGUACGUGCGACUGAUCCUAGCCGACAGACCUACAUCGUUGGACCUGGUUACCUUGCAUGGCAUCCUUUCAACACUACAUUUGCUUCUGAGCCUCGAGAUUUGGUGCCAUUCUUGCGUGGCGGCGCAAACGGAACAUACUACUUCAACAACUCGCCCUUUGGACGUCUUGGUCAGAAGUACUAUGAAGGUGAUCAGCUGUCCAUAUUCAUUGCUGCCACUGGGCCGCUCAUGGGUGAAGGCUUGUGUUUGUAUAACUAA